GCUGUCGCUUGUGUGCUGUCGCUUGGGCUUUGAUAGCAGCAGCAGCGGCAGCACUCUCGUUCACUAUCUCUAAAAAGUAUCUAUCUAUGCUAGUCGUUCAUUUCGUGUCGUAUAAGUUGAGUUUUCUUGCUCCUAGUGUGUGGUGGCUAGUUUGUUGGCGCGCGGGUUAAACGUGCUGUGUGACGUAUUACAUAGGACGUGGUGAACGUGUCGGCUAUGUGUACUAUAUCUCUACUAAUAACCUUCGGGUGUAAACAAAAUUUAAAUGUAGAAGAUGAAAAUCAUACAAUUGAAACCUCAGCAAGCUAAAUGAGGAGCGCCUGUGUUAGGCUGGGAUGUGCAUUUGAGUGUAGUUGAAAUUAAAUUUAAAAAAAAAUUUGGAUGCAAAUCAAAAAUAAACAAAACUAAAAAAAGUGGACUUGAAAAGACCGCGUGACCGUAAUCAAAUGAAUCAGUUAUCUUGUGAAGCCAUAAUGCAAAAGUGAGCGUGGCAAAAUUUGAGAUUUAUUAAAUUUGUUCGCUGUUGUUGCGCCGCAUUCAACAUUGCAGCCAGCAAUUGCUGUGCGAUCGUCGUGGCCGACAACUUUUUGGCGUACAAGCAGCAAAAAUACCAAAAAAAAAAAACAAAAAAAAUCAUAAAACAAAGGGGACAUACUACAUACACUUGUAAAUACCCCCGAAAGUGAGUAAAUAACAAAAGAAAUAUUGCUUCUCAAAACUAAAUAUAUAAUAAAUAAAUAAAUACUGAAUUUUCAACCAUUAAUAAAUAUAAACAGCGUUUGCGAGUGUGUACAACAACCCAACCAUUCAAGUACGUGGUACAUACCGCAAAAAUUACAAUAAAGUGAAUAACUAAGUGCAGCAGACGAUCAGAUCGGCUGAAUCAGAAAUGAACAGCGUUGACGGCGCACCCAAUGCCACGAUUUUAGCUGAAGGAGCCCCAACACGCGCGACAGUAACGACCGGCGAAACCAUAAAUAGUACUACUGCAACUACUACUACUAAUGUCGCUGCUGUUGUGAGUGCGAAAACAACAGAGCCUACAACAAUAAUAGCGACAGCAACAACCACAACCAUAACGUCAAACGCAAUAAAAACAACAGCAGCAUUUGCUGAUGCAACCGACGACGACCGAUUCCACGAAAUCGAACCGAAAAAUGUAUCAGUUUGCGCCGUUGAAGAGCAGCCAUGGCAACGGCCUAAUGAAUCGCAAAUAAUGCCAAUAAAUGAAAAAACAAAUCCCAAAACAGUAGCAACACCAAUCGAAUCAGCAGCACCAGCACCAGCAAUAAAACCAAUAAACACAAUGGGUAACACUAAAACAACAAAUAAUGAAAAAUCAGACAACACAUCAGCAACAACACCAGUUAUGCAAGCAACACCAGUAACGACGGUCCCAGCACCAGAAACCGCACCGCCGACGACGGCAACCGAUACAACAAUAAAAAUUAAAAAUACAGAUGCCAAUGAUGUUGAAAUGACAGAUAUGGCAACCCCAGAGGGCAACAAUAGCGACAAUGCAAGCGAGUGCACAGCCUCCGAUAUCACCGCCGCCGGCACUGCCGUCAUUGAUAACAAAGCCGACGACGAUGUUAAGCCACAACCACCAUUAUUGACAACAGCGGAAGGCGAUAAUUGGAAACUCAAUGAGAUGGAAUUGUGUCGCUGUUGUGGCAAGCCCAAUGUCACGCUCUAUGAUCUCUUUCCCAACGGCAAUGCAGACGUUAGCAGCAGCAGCGUUGAUGAUGAAGGGGAGAAAAAUGAGGAAAAGGCGGCGGUAGUUGGGGAGAUAGAGCAGAGCAAUGCAAUUCUAAACGCGGAUGCAGCAGCAGAUACUGAAAUGCAAGUAUUGGAAAAAGAAUCAAACGAUGUUGUUGUGUAUGAUGUAGAGGACGCGCUGCAGGCGAGUGUAGUUGACAAAGCGAAAAAUGGAGCAGAAAUAAAGCAGAAAGCAACCAGUGACGCGACCGGCUCAUCCGUCAAAGAUGCAACAAAAGCAACAACUAAUGACAAGUCGAAGAUCGAUUGCGAGACGGUGAACACACCAAAACUUUGUUAUCGUACAAUUGCUGCUUCUAUCGCUGCGGCGACUGCAGCAGCCACAGCUACAACGUCCACAGAUACAGCUACAGCUACAGCCAAUACCACGACCACUAGCGCCAGCGCCAGCGCGAUCAUACGUCAAAGCGACGAUCCCACCUGCCAAACAACCAAUGACCCAGUUAUUGAUGCUGCCACCAGCAAUGAUGUUGGUGAGUGUGGUCGUCGUCGUGGUGAGGAGGGUGAUGCUGUUGCUGAUCCUAAUGCCGCUCAAGCUGGUGCCGGUGCUACGCGUGUGAAAAAAUCUGCAACAGCAGACAUGGUUAAUGCUACUACGUCGAUGACGACGACGACAACGACAACGACAAAGAAACAUGCCGUUGAUGCUGCCAACAACAAUAGCAACGUCAAAGAGUCAAAUAACGCCAAUGGCCAGGGACAAAAUAGCGACGACAUGGAGAAUAUCUUGCAAGAGAUGCAAAUUUGGCAACUAUGGGUGAGUCUUAUUGCAGUUUACCGUAUGAUAAAUUACAUACUCGUAUAUGCCUUUCCCAAAACGACUAUUAUUUACCGCUUUUUUUUUUUUGUGGCGUUACUUUAG